UCGUCUGGCUGUUUGCUGCAGGCGAGGGCAGAAAGAGACGCUUCUGGGCGCCUCCCCUUCCCUAAAUCAACACAAAAACUACAAAAAAAUAAACAAUAUUCAUCAAAUAACUGCGCAGAAACCAUCGGACGGGGGUUUAACUUUACCCCCACUUCCUUACCGGAGAGAAGAAACGAUUGACGGCGCCAUUCGAGCUCUUUAAAGUGAACUUUAAGCUUAGUUUCACAGCUCUAAUUCCUUCUCUUCUUUAUCUUCUCCCGCUUCGCUCCGAACGUUCUCCCUGAACCCACUCCUCCUUUAUUUCCUUCUCUUUUCCUAAACCCUUUCUCCGGGACCAUGUGUGAUAAUGGGGACGUGGAUGACAAGCCGCCCGCUCCGCCCGUAAGGAUGAGCAGCACUAUCUUUAGCGGUGGGGGGAAGGACCACGCGCUCUCCGCCAAUCACAGCUCCAAGCCCCUUCCCUCGGUGCCGGAGGAGAAGAAACCUCGCAAUAAGAUCAUCUCCAUCUUCUCAGGGGCCGAGAAGGGUGGUCGACGGAAAGACCGAGAUAAAGAAAGACCAGAGAUCUCACCACCCUCAGACUUUGAACACACAAUCCAUGUGGGAUUCGACGCUGUUACCGGGGAGUUUACGGGAAUGCCAGAGCAGUGGGCGAGGUUACUGCAGACCUCCAACAUCACCAAGUCCGAGCAGAAGAAGAACCCUCAAGCUGUUCUAGAUGUCCUCAAGUUCUACGACUCCACAGGAAACGGGCGGCAAAAGUACCUCAGCUUCUCUUCAGAUAAGGAUGGAUUUCCCUCUGGUGAACAAUCGCCUGUAAAGAAGACACCAGAGCCUUCAUCUCCAAUCAAAACUGCUGCUGACGAUGAUGAGGAAGAUGAUGACGAGGAGGCGCCACCACCUGUUGUCGCACCCAGACCAGAACACACCAAGAGUAUGUAUACUCGACCAUCUGUAAUUGACCCCCUCCCGCCGCCCGUGACGUCUCCGGAUAGCGAAGUCGCGUCGAAGGCCACAGAUCGACAGAGACCCAAAAAGGGCAAGAUGACAGACGAGGAGAUCAUGGACAAGCUCAGAACUAUAGUCAGCAUUGGAGAUCCAAAAAAGAAGUAUACUCGAUAUGAGAAGAUUGGCCAAGGAGCAUCAGGAACAGUGUUCACUGCCAUAGACGUAGCCACUGGACAGGAGGUGGCGAUCAAACAGAUCAACCUCCAGAAACAGCCCAAGAAAGAGCUGAUUAUCAACGAAAUACUAGUGAUGAAGGAGUUAAAGAAUCCAAACAUUGUCAACUUCUUAGACAGUUUUUUGGUAGGGGAGGAGCUGUUUGUAGUAAUGGAGUAUUUGGCUGGUGGCUCGCUCACAGACGUUGUAACCGAGACGUGCAUGGAUGAGGCUCAGAUCGCAGCAGUGUGCAGAGAGUGUCUGCAAGCUCUGGAAUUUCUGCACGCUAAUCAAGUCAUUCAUCGAGACAUCAAGAGCGACAAUGUGCUGCUUGGAAUGGACGGUUCUGUCAAACUCACGGACUUUGGCUUCUGUGCUCAGAUCACUCCAGAACAGAAUAAGAGAAGCACUAUGGUGGGCACGCCGUAUUGGAUGGCUCCCGAGGUGGUGACCCGCAAGGCCUACGGACCCAAAGUCGAUAUCUGGUCCCUGGGCAUCAUGGCUAUCGAGAUGGUGGAGGGAGAACCACCAUACCUCAACGAGAAUCCACUGAGGGCGCUCUACCUAAUUGCAACCAAUGGAACUCCGGAGCUGCAGAGUCCAGAGAAAUUGUCACCCAUUUUCCGUGAUUUUCUGGGUCGCUGUCUUGAAAUGGAUGUAGAGAAGAGAGGCGGAAGCAAAGAGCUUCUGCAGCAUCCCUUCCUGAAGCUGGCUAAACCUCUUUCAAGUCUCACUCCUCUUAUUUUGGCUGCCAAGGAUGCCAUGAAGAACAACCGUUAGCCUCGCUCCCUGAACAAGCUGUGUCUGCAAAAGCACACACACACACACUCUCUCUCAAAGACUGCUGAACACACUCAAAUCUGUGCCAGGUGUUGGUUUGUGUUUUUACCAGUGUGCCAUCUUGUCCACAUCAUAUCAGUGUUGCCAAAACAAAACUCCAAGCAUUUCAUUUGGGUCUUUGCCUGUUUUUAAAUCUGUUUGGACCGCUGUGGUGUUGAGGGAUGUCAUCCCUGUCCUUCUGCUCUCAUUACACUUGUACUGUGGAUCAUCAGGACUUUAAUCUGUGUUUUAUGACUCUUUCACUCUUCGGCUUCUAAAGACGACACCUUGUAUGUUCCAUGAUAGAUAAAAAGGUUAAAAAUCCAACCAGUAGCGAAUAUCAAGACUGAAAACUGUGUAGCCCACUCAUGCUCCUGGUCCUAAAAGAAGAGCACCUUACAUGCCAACUGCGAUCGGUGACUAGUUUUCGUAGUCACUCGUGCCUUCGUUGUUAUUCCAGCAAACACCUUUAUACUCUGUCUGAAGGGGCAGAUUGAACUUCCUCUUAACCUGAGACAAAACUUUCAUGUGAUGAAAUCGUGUAUGUUGCGUACAUCGAAGAAGAGUAGCAUUUUCAGUUGAUGUAGUUAACCAAAAACAGGAUUCGUAGUUUAGAUGUGUAUGUUUUGUGUAAAUGAACACUCUUUUUGUCGUUUUAGUAACUAACAGUUUGUUACGAAGUAAAUGCAGCUGUCUAAGUCACGAUGUAAGAAUUGAUAACUAUUUUUAUGCUUUUCAGUCACUUGUUUUGCAAGUAAAAGCCGGAUUCCUGCAA